GCAGCAAGGUGGGGCUGCCUGGAUGGUCAGCCCUUCAUUUGAAUGCAAAUGUAAUUUUGGGGCAGGCAGUUAUCUGUGACAUCAGGCAGGACCUUAGUAAACUGUUACUACCAGCACCUGGUAACACCAUUGUUAAUCGUGUGUAGUAAAGAGACAUCAGGGCUAGCGUGAGUCAUUUAUACAGCCAGUUGAGGCUAGAAAAGAGAGGGGGGAAAAAGAGGAGGGGAGGAAGAGAUCAAACAAACACUGUGAGGAGCAGAAUGUCCUGGCAAGACAAAGCCAGGCUAUAAGCAUCAUGUAUGUGAGUUAUCUUUUGGAUAAAGAAACCAGCAUGUAUCCAGGAUCCGUAAGGUGCAGCAACAACAACAACAACAACCUACCAGUGCAAAACUUUGUCUCCACUCCGUCCUAUUCAGAUUACAUGGGAUAUCAUCAUGUGCCAAGCAUGGACAACCAAGGACAGUCUUCAGGAGCUUGGGGAACUCACUACAGCACGCAAAGGGAGGAUUGGAAUACUUAUGGCCCGGGACCCUCCAGCACAGUUACUGCUGCACAAAUCAAUGGCUCGUCUCCUGGGCAGGUCUCUUACAGCUCUACUGAUUACAGUUCCCUGAAUCCUGCUGGAUCUGGGGGUUUACCUCCUGUAGGUACAAUUAACACAGAGCAAAUCUCUCCCCACAGUCAAAGGCACAGCUCUUAUGAAUGGAUGAGGAAAACAGUGCAAUCCACUUCCACAGGUAAAACAAGAACAAGAGAGAAAUACCGUGUGGUUUACACAGAUCAUCAGAGGUUAGAACUGGAGAAGGAAUUUCAUUACAACAGAUACAUUACAAUUAGGAGGAAGUCUGAACUUGCAGCAAAUCUAAGACUUUCUGAGAGACAGGUGAAAAUUUGGUUUCAGAAUCGCAGAGCCAAAGAAAGAAAAUUAAUGAAGAAGAAAAUGACUCAUUUUGAUGGUACCAGUCUUGGCUCAAUGCAGAGUGACUCUGGCUCAGUAAGCCCCAUUGCAGUACAUAACACACAGACUCAUUCGGAAAUGUCCAAUUCCUUAUUUCCACCACCACCUCCUCCUCUUCCAAUGAACAGCUUGCAGCACAAUGGGAACCUACAGCAAGUUGUGGCCUCUCAGUAAGGCAAUUCAGAGUUUUUAUAAAGAACAUUAUAAACCAACAGUACAUGGAGCACUACCAUUCACAGGGGGACAGGACAGCAAGAGAUCCCAGCAUCACAACAGCCUUGUGCACAUAGGCUCCACAUACCAUUAACUACGGCCAAAACCCCAGGGCCUAUGAAAGGACAGUGAAUGACCCCAAAGCCAAUGGAACUAUUGUGUGCAAAGGGUCUGGUUGGAUGCUACAAGGGGGUGCCAUGCCCGCCCUGUGCCACAAAGCAGGCACUUCCCAUGGCAGUGCAAAGGGUGGCUAGGAACAAAGAGGUGGUCAGUUGUUCUGCUACUAUGUGGAUCCACUAGCCAAAAGUUGUAUGAAGCAAACCACAGGCAAUGGUGCAUUGCUGAGGGCAAAUCAGGGACUGUUCAUGUGCUCUUUGCCCUGUCACUGGAUUAAAAGGGAAAAUUCCGCCCCCUUCUUAUCCUUAUGUAGGUUCCAUGGGAUAAUCUUGCUUUCUUGAGCUUUGCACCUGGGCUCAGGAUUUGGCCCUGAAAAACAAGUUCAUGCUUUGGGCUACUGGAUACCUAGAUCCAGGUGGCUACAGACUGCUGAGUUAUGGUGGGGAACGGAUUUUAAAAACUUCCAAGGCUAAAUAAUACUAGAACAAACAUGCGCUCUUCAAAUCAUCCUAUAAGUGUUUCUGGAAAAACAUAAUGGAACUUUGAAUCUUGGCCCAUUUUCACUGAUGGUGGUUGAGAAGUAAUUUCAGUUCAUUAUGUUUCUUAAAGAAAUAGUAAAGGAAGAAAAAUGCUUAAAACUUAGAUAUACUUACGGAAACAAUUGCAUUUUGUGAGACAAUAAAACCAUAAAGAUACAUCUAAUGCAGGGGUGGGCAAUAAUUUCUGCAGGAGGGCCACUUUGUGAAUUUUGGUAGUGGUCACAGGCCAGCUCUCCCCUCCUCUGGGAAAGGUGGGGUCUUCUGUGGAAGGGAAAAGGCCUCAGGAGGAAAGAGCCGUUCCCUCUAGGCACCGUGUACCCCUAGUAGGGGGAGGAGACUUUGCGUGUUCCCCCACCCCCAGGCCAAUUGGCAGUGUGGCAUCUAGAGGGAUCUGCCAACUGUUCAAAAUGGCUGGUGGUUCUUUCUAGGCACAGUGCACACUUGACAGGGGAGAGGGGGGAGGGGGCAAGAGAUAUUGCACACUCCCCCGCCCCCAGUCCAAUCAGGACUUUGGAGUGGGAGAGUGCGCAAAGUCAUACACUGCUCAAAAUGGCUGGUGGCUCCCUCUAGGUAACGUGUGCUCCUGGCAGGGGGAGGGCUCUGCCAGUCACUGUCCCAUCCCCAUGUCCCAAUUAGCCUGGGGAUGGGAGAGCAGCAGGUAGGGUUGCCAGAUGGUUUCAACAAAAAUACCGGACACACUUGACAUUACAUCACAAUCUACAUUA